GAGGAAUCAGGGCAGUUGGACAUUCCAGGACUUCACUGGGGGCCAAACGUGAAGUUGAUGGUAGAGUGCCGGCAACAGAGAAAGGAAAUCAGGGGGAUCCUCGCAGAAAUGGGGUGCAUUUUGGAAUGAGGAAGCACUUUCGGUGCCACACAAGUUGCAUAUCCCCCUAAUUCUGGGGGUUGACUCCAGACGCCAUCCUAUUAGAGGCACAGGCGAGCGAACGAGCGCGGUGCAGGAGACGCACUGCCGGCUGCUGGGGGAGAUGCCUCCUCGCCAGGAGGGCGCCUCUGGGAAGAAGCCCACCGUGGGGGAGGCAAAGUUUCAGGGCAGCUGAGGAGCCUUCCCCGCAGCCCUUCCAGCCCUGUCCACCCGCUGGCUAUGGAGGGCGGACUCUAAGAUGAAUCCCGACCUGGACACCGGCCACAACACAUCAGCACCUGCCCACUGGGGAGAGUUGAAAAAUGCCAACUUCACUGGCCCCAACCAGACCUCCAACAACUCCAGACUGCCCCAGCUGGACAUCACCAGGGCCAUCUCCGUGGGCAUGGUGCUGGGCGCCUUCAUCAUCUUUGCCAUCGUAGGCAACAUCUUAGUCAUCUUGUCUGUGGCCUGCAACCGUCACCUGCGGACACCCACCAACUACUUCAUCGUCAACCUGGCCAUCGCCGACCUGCUGCUAAGCUUCACCGUGCUGCCCUUCUCGGCUGCCCUGGAGGUGCUGGGCUACUGGGUGCUGGGCCGGAUCUUCUGCGACAUCUGGGCCGCCGUGGACGUCCUGUGCUGCACCGCCUCCAUCCUGAGCCUGUGCGCCAUCUCCAUCGAUCGCUACAUCGGGGUGCGCCAUUCUCUGCAGUACCCCACGCUUGUCACCCGGAGGAAGGCCAUCUUGGCGCUCCUCAGUGUCUGGGUCUUGUCCACAGUCAUCUCCAUUGGGCCUCUCCUUGGGUGGAAGGAGCCAGCACCCAACGAUGACAAGGAAUGCGGGGUCACCGAAGAACCCUUCUACGCCCUCUUCUCCUCGCUGGGCUCCUUCUACAUCCCUCUGGCUGUCAUUCUGGUCAUGUACUGCCGGGUCUACAUAGUUGCCAAGAGGACCACCAAGAACCUGGAGGCCGGAGUCAUGAGGGAGAUGUCCAACUCCAAGGAGCUGACCCUGAGGAUCCACUCCAAGAACUUUCAUGAGGACACCCUCAGCAGUACCAAGGCCAAGGGCCACAACCCCAGGAGUUCCAUAGCUGUCAAACUGUUUAAGUUCUCCAGGGAAAAGAAAGCAGCCAAGACCUUGGGCAUAGUGGUCGGGAUGUUCAUCUUGUGUUGGCUACCCUUCUUCAUCGCUCUACCACUUGGCUCCCUGUUCUCCACCCUGAAGCCCCCCGACACCGUGUUCAAGGUGGUGUUCUGGCUGGGCUACUUCAACAGCUGCCUCAACCCCAUCAUCUACCCGUGCUCCAGCAAGGAGUUCAAGCGCGCCUUCCUGCGCAUCCUCGGCUUGUCACUUCAAUAA